AUGGUGUAGGAGAAACGAUCUGGAUAAGGCCCAGAAUAUUGAUUUUGAGCUUUCUGUUCUUGACUCAUUCCCUUGAUUGCUUGAUGAUGCCCCAGCAUGUAGGUCAUACUUAUCCCUAGGAGAGAAGGGUAGAAGUCCAAAUGAGCCAAGAUAAUUGCCCACAGGAGGUAGGCUUCAAUUACAUUUUGAUCCAAUUUCAUGAUUUAUAGGAUAAAAGGAAAAGAAGUAUGAUGGUCAAGACUUCACAAAGGAAGCAACGUGAUUACGUAACCCAAGCCAAGCCAAAACCUGGUUUAAGCAUCGCAAUUCCUUUGAGGAUGUCCAGUUACAUAUUCAAGAGACCGGUUACUAGAAUUACUUCCCAUCCUGGCAAUGAGGUCAGGUGCCAUCAAUGGGAGGAGAACUUAGACAAGCCCCAGCAGGUCUGUUGGCAGAAGAGACUGCAGGGACUCCAGGCCUACAGCAGUGCAGGGGAACUUUUAAGUACUCUGGAUCUUGCCAAAGCCUUGCAAAAAAUUGUACCUAGUUACACAGGUGAAUCCCUGCCCCAGGCUCUUGCUGGUGAUCUGCACUCCAUCUCCAUGCCCACCCCUGGCCCAUCUUCAGACUUGGCGAAGAUGACCCCAGGAGCAGGUCUUGAUAUCUCACAGCUCCUCUGCAAACCAUUUCUGGUAACCGAUGAAGAUAUUAGGAAACAGGAGAGGAAAGUGAAGACAGCAAGGGAGAGGUUGGCAAUAGCACGGAUUGCAGACAGGCUCGCUAGUGAGGCAGAGAAAGUGAGAGGCCAAGAAGAAUGUCCUGAAAAACAUUAAGAAAAGAAAGAGAAGUUAGCACAGACGAAAUGGAGCUCUGUACUUUGUUAGUAUGAUUGGAGCGUCCAUAAUGUUUUCUUGCUUUGAGUUCUUCAAACCUUAAAAUAUACCAUUACUCUGUGUCUCAGUUUCUUAGUGCUGCUGUAACAAAAAUACCACUAAUCGGUGGCUUUAAAGAACAGAAAUUUAUUUUCUCACAGUUCUGGAGGUUAAAAAUCCAAAUAGAGGUCUUGGCCAUGUGAACAAGCAAAAUGACUUGGACACUUGUCUGAAAUUUUAAAAGCCAAGAGGUUUAUUAAGGCCGAACACAUUGCGAUUAGGGUACUAUCUGGUACAAAAUGAAAUGAAGUAGUCUGGAGAAAAACCAUCACACAAGCAUUUUUUAAGGGUCAAAAGAGGAACUAAGCCAUGUUAAACACAGGAAAAUUAAGGAAUAUUGUAAUAAUCACACUCUGAUUGCAUACAUG